UAUUUCCUAUUUUUAGCUACACCAAACCCUAAACGCUAUUUUCACGGCAGCCUCCCACCACUGCCUUCUUUGAAACGCCGUCCACCGUCACCUGUCAAGAAACUGCAGUGCGCCACCUCGCUCAGAACGGAGACAAUGUUCUGUCUCUGCUCCACGCCGCACUACUGCCUCUCCUCCCUCGUUUCAUCCCAAUUCACCUAUUACAUUUUAUCUCAGAAAUUAAACCCUAAUUCGUGCCGUCUCCAUUUCUCCUCAGUUCACUCCACUGCCGCGACGUCGUCACUCCACUACCGCCGCGUCCAUCGUCUCUCCGUCACACUCGCGUCGCCAUCGCACCGUCACAUUCGCGUCGCCGUCGAUCCCUCACACUCGCAUCACCGUUGCGCCGUCACACUCGCGUCUCCGUCGCUCUGUCCUUCAAAUUCCGUGCAAUCUUUCAAACUUCACGGAUGAACCACAACUGAGUUCAACUUCUCAUUGUUGCAUUAUGAAGAGGCUCUUCUGCUGAUUUGGGGAAUCAGGAGACAGUUCAGAAGGUCUGUGACAUAGUCAAGAAGCAAUUGGCACUGCCAGAGAGUUCAAGUGUCACUGGAGAGUCCAAGUUUGCUGCCCUUGGAGCUGAUUCUCUUUACACAGAUUGAAGUUUUGCAAUUGAAUAUGGCCAAUGUGCUUUUGGAGAAAGGGAGGAUCAACGCAGUGCACGUGCUUUUGGAGAAAGGGAUUGAUUUGAAUGCAGAGGAUGAAGAAGGGUAUGCUAAUAUCAUGCACAAAUUCAUGAAAAAUUCAUAGAGAAGCUUUUGUGCUGAUGUGGUAGAGGUUUUGGUAAAGAAAGGUGCUGAUGUUGAAGCCAGGAGUAAGAAGGUGAAACAGAAUUCAAGAUAUCUCCAACUGAAAUUACAGAUGCUAUAAAAGCAGGAUUGGAUCAGCCUAUAAUGCCAGAGCCUGAGGGUGAAGAACAUGAAAACAAAGGAAAAGAUGAUAGCUGUGAUGCUGCUGAAAGCGGUGCAUCUGAAAGGGAAGAUGCAACUGACGAGAAAUAGGACAGAGUUAUCUCUACCUUUAUAUCUAUGUUACAAUGAAGAGGCUGAAGGUCAUCAUAAUAUGAUAUAUGCUUGCCCUGACGGUCCAAUAUAUCAAAAUGCUGCGGCCGGACGCAAUAUGGUGGAAGGUUUGCCACGUUCAAAUGAGGCUGUUGGUAUCAGUAACAGUAGUCUUGAAACUUGCAUUAGAGAAAUACAUGAAAAGUUGGAUGAAUUAAGCAUAUUGGAAGAACUACGUAACGAAGCCACCAUUGGCUAGAGUAUUGUGGCAGGAAGAACAAAAUGAAUGAUUGGUUAAAGAAAGUAGAAGCCACCAUCUUAGCUGGCCAAAUUGCUUCCCCAACAUAAAGACAAAAUAGUAGAGGUGUUGCAAGAAGAGUUAUUUUACCUUUCAUCACCUUUUUCAUUACCUAUUUUUACCUACACCAAACCCUAAACCCUAAUUUCACCGCAGCCUCCCACCACUGCCUUCUUUGAAACGCCGUCCACCGUCACCUGUCAAGAAACUGCAUUGCGCCACCUCGCUCUGAACGGAGACAAUGUUCCGUCGCUGCUCCACACCGCACUACUGCCUCUCUUCCACGCCGCACCGCUGCAUCUCCAUCUCCCCUGAAGCCCGCGAAGUGUCGUCCCUACCUCCGUCCCUGCUCCCCACAGCGACACCGAGUCUCUGUUCCCAACCGCCGCGCGUUCCAGUCUUAACUCCACUGCUGCUGCGCCGUCUUCGCUCUACUGCUGCUGCACCGUCGUCACUCCACUACCGCUGCACGUCGUCUCCCCGUCACACUCGCGUCGCCGUCGCUCCCUCACACUCGCAUCGCCGUUGCGCCGUCACACUCGCGUGGUCGUCGCUCUGUCCUUAAGAAUUCAGUGCCAUCUUUCAAACUUCAUGGAUGAACCACAACUGAGUUCAACUUCUCAUUGUUGCAUUAUGAAGAGGCUCUUCUGCUGAUUUGGCGAACCAGGAGACGGUUCUGAAGGUCUGUGACAUAGUCAAGAAGCAAUUGGCACUGCCAGAGGGUUCAAGUGUCACUGGAGAGUCCAAGUUUGCUACCCUUGGAGCUGAUUCUCUUUACACGGUUAAUUCUGUCGGUGCUAAGGUGUUAGAAUUUAUAGCUGAUUUUGGAAAGCCUACUGCACCGCUUCCUGCAGCUAUUGUUGCUUGUGUUCCAACAAAAGUUCACAUUGAGGGAGCAGGCAAAACAGAAUUCAAGAUAUCUCCAACUGAAAUUACAGAUGCUAUGAAAGCAGGAUUGGAUCAGCCUAUAAUGCCAGAGCCUGAGGAUGAAGAACAUGAAAACAAAGGAAAAGAUGAGAGCUGUGAAGCUGCUGAAAGCGGUGCAUUUUAAAGUGAAGAUGCAACUGACGAGGUAUUGAAUUAAAUGACGAUGCUGUUAUUUCUUGUUCGUUGGUGGAGUUGUGUAUUUGUGCUGCUAAAUUCAGGAGUUGUUAAUGCUCAGUAUUACCGAACUGUUGGAGAUAAAAUCCUUCCAUUCAGCAAAAUUAUUGUUGAUUCUUCGGGACAUGGCAACUUCUCUACAAUUCAAUCUGCCAUUGAUUCUGUCCCUUCCAACAAUAAGAAUUGGGUUUCAAUCAAUGUCAAGCCUGGUAUUUACAGGGAGAAAGUGACGAUUCCAACUGAUAAACCAUACAUAAUAUUGAAGGGAAGUGAAAAGAUGAGAACGUGGGUUGAAUGGGAUGACCAUAAUACAACUGCUCAGAGCCCCACAUUCCAAUCCAUGGCUGAUAAUAUCGUUGUCAAAUCCAUCUCUUUUAGAGUAACUAACCAUUUAUAUUUAAUUAAUUAUAUCAUUCUCUGCCUAUUUUUAUUUCAUCUCUUAGAAAAAAAUCUAAAUAUUUUGAAAAAAUUCAAAUUUAUUUUUCUUUUGUUUUGUUUUGUGCAACAGAAUACAUACAACAAUUCAAUAAAUAAAAAUUUCAGGGUUCCUGCAUUAGCUGCACUAAUAAGUGGAGAUAAGUCUUACUUUUAUAAAGUUAGAUUUUUUGGAUUGCAAGAUACUUUAUGGGACAAUCAAGGAAAACAUUAUUACAAAUUUUGUACUAUUCAAGGUGCUGUUGAUUUUAUCUUUGGUGCCGGUCAAUCAUUGUUUGAGAGGUGUAACAUAAACGUAAUUGGAAGGGCAUUAGGAGAAGGAUUUGUAAGAUAUAUAACAGCACAAGGAAGAGAACAUCCAAAAGAUUCAAAUGGGUUUGUAUUCAAGAAUUGCAGUAUCUCUGGAGAUGGUUCUAUUUUUUUGGGAAGACCUUGGAGACCUUAUGCUAGAGUUCUCUUCUAUAGUACAAAUAUGACCAACAUUAUUCAACCUGCUGGUUGGAAUCUGUGGGAUUCCUCUCAAAAUGUGGAUAACAUUAUGUUUGCAGAAUAUGACAAUUUUGGGCCAGGUUCUAAUACCUCCAAACGAGUAGAUUGGAUUACAAAGUUAAAUUUAGAAACAGUUAAUAUGAUGACAAGUACAACUUUUAUAGAUUCUGAAGGAUGGCUUAAUGUCAGCUCUUCAUUUUAGAUAGAAUAUUAUCAAUAGUUUUAACUCUAUUUUAGAUAGAAUAUAAC